CGCGCUGUAAACACAAUGACGCGUUGAACACACGCAGCUGAAAUCCAGGCGCUUCAAAGCUUCACCUUUCAUAUGCAAGCUCACCAACACGGAGUGGAGAGGACGUUUAUCCCGAGAAAGACGAGCAGAGUGGACCCCGACGGACAGAUGGCCAGAAAGAGCGCCGUUCCUCCGUCCUACUACGGUGAGCCACACAAGUUUGACCCAACGUUUAGAGGGCCGGUCCACAAAAGGGGCUGCACAGACGUGCUUUGCUGUGUGAUCUUCGUCAUCGUCAUCCUCGGCUACAUCACUCUCGGAGCAGUGGCAUGGAUGCACGGUGAUCCGCGGAAAGUGGUUUAUCCCACAGACAGCUACGGCCAGUUUUGCGGCCAGCAGGGGACGCCCAACGCAAACAAAGCCAUAUUGUUCUACUUCAACAUUUUACACUGUGCCAACCCAGCAGUUCUCAUCAACCUGCAGUGCCCUACAACUCAGCUGUGUGUAUCCAAGUGCCCAGACAGAUUUGCCACAUAUUUAGACAUGCAGUAUAACUACAGCAGGAACCGGAGCUACUGGGAGUACUACAGACAGUUCUGCAAACCCGGCUUCGACAAUCCAAAAAAGUCCGUCGCUCAGGUGCUCAGGGAUGAAGACUGUCCCUCCAUGCUGGUUCCCAGCAGACCCUUCCUUCAGAGGUGCUUUCCAGAUUUCAUCACCAGAAAUGGGACGCUAACCGUCGCCAACAAAACAGACUUUAAGGACGGUCUAGGUAAAACCCGGAGUGUCGUUGAUCUCAGAGACGCUGCCAAGGGAGAGCAGUCAGCUUUAUUUGGUGGCAUCGCCAGCCUGCUGGACGCCAAGGAGGUGGGCACCAAGAUCUUUGAGGACUACGCGAGCUCCUGGUACUGGAUUUUAAUAGGUCUGGUCAUUACUAUGGUGAUCAGUCUGCUCUUCAUCCUCUUGCUGAGGUUCACUGCAGGAGUGCUGCUGUGGUGCGUCAUCUUCGGAGUGAUCGCUGCGGUGGGAUACGGUAUCUGGCACUGUUAUUGGGAGUAUGUAGCUCUGCGGGGGAAGCCCAACGCCGAUGUCACUAUUUCUGAUAUUGGCUUCCAGACGGAUUUCAGGGUUUAUCUGCAGCUGAGCCAAACCUGGCUGAUCUUCAUGAUCUCUCUGGCGGUGAUAGAGGCUGUGAUCAUUAUGAUGCUGAUCUUCCUGAGGAGGAGAGUCCGCAUCGCCAUAGCUCUGCUGAAAGAGGGCAGCAAGGCUGUCAGCUACAUCAUGUCGACUCUGUUUUAUCCCAUCAUCACUUUCCUCUUGCUGGCUCUCUGCAUAGCGUACUGGGCUGUGACGGCCAUUUUCUUGGCGUCGUCCGGUGAUGCCGUUUAUAAAGUGAUGUCAACACAACCAAACUGUAAAUACACCAACAUCACCUGCAACCCUGAGACGUUCGGUCAGUCUAACGUCAGCCGGGUGUGUCCAGGCUCUCAGUGUACGUUUGCGUUCUACGGCGGUGAGAGCGUGUACCACCGCUACAUCUUCGUCCUGCAGCUGUGUAACCUGCUGGUCUUCCUCUGGCUCGUCAAUUUCGUCAUCGCUCUGGGUCAGUGCACGCUGGCCGGAGCCUUUGCCUCAUACUACUGGGCCCUGAAGAAGCCUGCGGAUAUCCCAGCAUGCCCUCUGGCUGCCUCCUUCGGCCGGGCCAUCAGGUAUCAUACGGGUUCUUUGGCUUUUGGUGCAUUAAUCCUCUCCAUAGUGCAGUUCUUCCGGAUUGUUCUGGAAUACCUGGACCACAAACUCAAAGGUGCUCAUAACGCGUUUGCACGCUUCCUGCUGUGCUGUUUGAAAUGCUGCUUCUGGUGCCUGGAGCGUUUCAUCAAGUUCAUGAACAGGAACGCAUACAUUAUGAUUGCGAUUUAUGGGAGGAAUUUCUGUGCCUCAGCGAGAGACGCUUUCUUCCUGCUGAUGAGAAACGUGGUGAGGGUGGCCGUGCUGGACAAGGUCACUGACUUCCUGCUGUUUCUAGGGAAGCUGCUGAUUUCGGGGAGCGUUGGCGUCCUCGCGUUCUUUUUCUUCACUCGCAAGAUACCGGUCAUUCAGGAGGAAGUGCCAUCACUAAAUUACUACUGGGUCCCCCUGCUGACUGUGAUUUUUGGGUCCUAUCUGGUUGCCCAUGGGUUCUUUAACGUCUAUGCCAUGUGUGUGGACACACUUUUUCUCUGCUUCUUGGUGGAUCUGGAGAAGAACGACGGCUCUGCGGCUCGGCCGUACUUCAUGAGCAGCACCCUGAGAGCCAUCCUCAACAAGAAGAACCACAGGAGGGCACCUGAGAAGAAGAGAGCCAGAGCAGGGAGGAGAAAAUGAUGAGAAAAAAAGACUUUUUUGAUAGUUUGAGAAUGAGAGAGAGUUCUGAGGAGGUGGCUUUAACCUCCUCAAUAAGAGAACAGGUGAGAUUUAUCACUUACUCACCUGGCAGGUAAGCGUUUGUGAGCUGGAAUGGGGAAAAAACAUCACUAGUGCCAAUACAACACAUACCUUCAGGAAAAACAUCAAUAGAAAAUAUUUUUUAUGAUAAUUAUAAUAACUAAGAUAAUCUACAUGUAUGCAUUUUAGCAGUUAUCAUCAGAGGCUCGUUGAGCAAGAAGGCAGUGCAGGCCGAACCUGGAAGUUUCUGGCAUUUAAAGAGAAAUUCCACUGAUUUUUAAUAAUUUCUCAUAAUUAGAUGGUUAAGAUGUAAACAGAGUCGUUCAGAGCGGUUUGGUGUGAAACGCUCCGUUCUAGAGAAACUUACCGAGUCAGAACUGUUCACAGUGGUGGUGAUAGGAACCAGACGUCCACCUCUAAAAGCUCCCUCACAGAAAGUUACUACAUGAAAUGGUUAUGAAUUCACUGCCUGACGUCUGAGACACUGUUCUGCCAUAGUUUUGAGAAGAUUUUGGGCCUAGAAUGUAUUUUAUUAUGUCUGAGACGUUGUUUUAUGAUAAAAUUUUGGCCUUAAACAUAUUUUUAAACUCCAUUCCUGGUACAGGGAUACAUGUAGCAUGUUGUGAGGCUAAAUAGUCCUCAAAGAAAACGUAUUAUUUUAGAUUUAGCACUAUUUUACAUCAUAUUCCUUAAAAGACUUGUGUAAGUUCACUGGUGGUUUUGGAUAGUAAAUAAAAUGUCUAUAUUUGUGUUGUAGUCAUGGCGACCCCUGGUUCCUCACCACCACUGUUAGGAGAUCUGAACCAUUUCACACCAAACCACUCAGAAUCACUCUGAUUACACCUCACUCACUCAAUCAUCCAGAAAUUUUGAAAAAAUGGUGGGUUUCCCCUUUAAGUGUUUUUAGUUGUGGUACUUGGGAGACCACAGGUUCACGAUGGACCAAAAGAAUGAAAGCCAUUUCAGAGAUCUAAUGCAGAACAAACAUAUUACUGUACGUCAGCUCUCAAAGAGAACUAAAUAUUAAUAACAUACAUCAGAGAUUGGCUUUUAGCACUGAUCUGCUCCAUCCUCACUGACUCAGCACGUACAGGCUUCCUCCAACAAACUGUAGUGGGAAAAACAGUGCACACUCGAUCUUCUCCAUCUGCUGUGGCUUAUUAUAUUCAUUUGUAUUGUAUAAUAUAAUAUAAUAUACUUGAAUUCCGAGUGAACUUAAUUGUUCUGAAGUAAUUCUUAAAAUGUAGUAACUCCAGAUGUCCAUUAGGGGGCUCAUUAGCGUGAGCCUGCAGUAAGCAGUGUUUUAUUUUUAGAAUUCUUUUUUAUUAUUUAUAUUACUCAUAUUUAACACCUAUUCAUUUUCAUUCAUAUGAACCCCCCAUAACUGUGUAACAUAUCUGGGGGGUGCGCUUAUUUCUUCUCUCAUAUUGAGAAAUUACAGCCGACUCGCCGUCCAUUAAGCCAUGUUUUAUGUUUUGUGUGGUUUUAUGUGUUUUUUACACAUAACUGAAUCAGAAGCUCCGUCAGACCCUCCAGCUCUGUUCUGCCAUGCAGAGCUUUUUAACCCGUUUCAGCUGAUCUUUAUUCCCGUUGUCAGCUGUUAGCGUAGCUGAGUUUGUGUUAUAUUGGACCGUCUGAGUGUCCGGAUGUCUGAAUGUAGGGCAGUAAUUCGUCUGAGCACAUUUAUGAAUUUAUAAUCAUAUUCCACUUAUCUCUGCUAACUGCCUGCAUUUUCGAGCUCUCAUUUUCUCUUUCCUCUCACGUUUAAACGCCGUCUUUGAUGACUGCACUUCAGAAAACACCACCACGGCGGGUGAAAACAUCUUUAAUGUAGGUAAUAUUCUCCCACUGAGCUGGCAGAUCAUUUUAUUUCCUGAAAACAUCAUUUCUCAAAACAAACAACAUUAUAAUACAAUCAUUUCACCUGUUAUUAUUGCUCAAUAUAAGUAAAAGAAAAUAUUAGUAUAAUAAUAAUCUUAAAGUCUAUGGUUAUGCUACACCCAUUUCCAUAGUUACACUACACCAAUUUUCAUGGUUACACCACACCUGUUUCCAUAGUUACGCUACAACUGUUUCUAUAGUUACACCACACCUGUUUCCAUAGUUACGCUACAACUGUUUCUAUAGUUACACUACACCUGUUUCUAUAGUUACACUAUAGCUGUUUCUAUAGUUACACUAUACCAAUUUCCAUGGUUACACCACGCCUGUUUCCGUUGUCAUGCUACACCCAUUUCCAUAGCCAUGUGCAUUUAAUUUUGUAGUUACACUACACCUGUUUCUAUAGUUACGUUACACCUGUUCCUAUAGUUACGCCACACCUGUUUCUAUGGUUACACUGCAACUGUUUCCAUAGUCAUGUGCACCUAAUUCUAUAGUUACACCACACGUGUUUCCAUACUUACAAUGCACAGUUUCUAUGAUUAUGCUGCAACCAUUACCAUGGUUACGGUUUAUCUUUUUCCAUGGUUACACUACACCUGUUUCCAUAGUUACACUAUGCACAUUUCCAUGGUUACACUACACCUGUUUCCAUAGUUACACUAUGCACAUUUCCGUGGUUACACUACACCUGUUUCCAUAGUUACACUAUGCACAUUUCCAUGGUUACACUACACCUGUUUCCAUAGUUACACUAUGCACAUUUCCAUGGUUACACUACACCUGUUUCCAUCGUGACACUAUGCACAUUUCCAUGGUUACACUACACCUGUUUCCAUAGUGACACUAUGCACAUUUCCAUGGUUACACUACACCUGUUUCCAUAGUGACACUAUGCACAUUUCCAUGGUUACACUACACCUGUUUCCUGUAGUUACACAAAUUCCCAUGUUUACACCUGCUUCAGAAUUAUGCUCCUCUUUUGUUUGAACGUUUGAGCUAAUCUGUCUGCAUUGCUUCAGGAACUUCAGUGGUCGACCUGCAGUGUCAGAUAUAUAAUAAAAUGUGUGCGGAGCUGCAGUGAUUUCCUGUACAGCAGCGUUAUUCGUGCGAUUGCUGUGCCUGUGUGGUUAAAUGAAGAAUUUCUGUCUUAUUUGUGCUGUUUUUACAGAACUGUCUUUUAAAACGUGUCCAAGAACACUACUACACAAUUACACUCACACUCAAACAUCCUCUUUGUUACCAUGUUUAUGAACCAUGUUUUUUUUGCUCAUUAUAAUGUGAAUAAUAUUGUUAGCUUUAAUAUUCACAGUCAGUUUUUUAAUGCAUGGUUUUGAUUAAAUCAAACGGAUCUAAACUGACACAGUAUAUGCAUUUUUUUUUUGUGUUGUAAAUAAAUGUAAAGAGAGAUUUC